AUGGACGGUGCUGGGCGAUGCACGGUGUCAGGACUGUUCACAGUGUUGGGGCUGUGCGUGGUGCCAGCGCCGUGCAUGGCGCAGGAUGCCCGGCUCCUGAACAACGAGGGGUCUUUGCUCGCCUACUCGGGCUACGGGGACACUGAUGCCAGGGUCACCGCGGCCAUCGCCAGCAACAUCUGGGUGGCCUACGACAAGAACGGGCACCAGGCGUUCAAUGAGGACAACCUCAAAUUCAUCCUCAUGGACUGCAUGGGGGGGCGAGUGGCCAUCACGCGGGUGGCAAACCUGCUGCUCUGCAUGUACGCGAAGGAGACGGUGGGAUUUGGGAUGCUGAAGGCCAAGGUAAUGCUGGUGGGGAAGGGGCCGGGGGGGCCGAGGGACAGGGCUGCGUCUCUUUCUGCGUGGGGAAGAGCUGUUGAGGAGGAUGAGGAUGGGAGUGGUGGAGGAAGCUGCCACGCCUGGGACGCCCUCUGUCCUCCUCUGUCCCCCGUGCCAGCCCAGGCGCCGCACCACACCUUUUUCAGGCACUAA